UCUUUAUGAACUUUUCGAACUCGAUCGACUUCGCUUUUCGCACCAUAUUACAUAUUGAUAUUGCACUUCGCAUUUCUGAUUCCCCAUUCCUCGUAGAUCUGUGUUCGCUAUCAAAGUUUGAAACUUUUUGAUUAAAUUUCGAUGGGUGAAGGACAGUAAUCGAUUUACGGUUUCGUUGAGAAAACCUAAUCAGUUUCUACCCUUUCCAUGUUUGGUGAAGUUUCUGCUCGAUCAAUCUCUUUGUUCGGGGGUUUUUAUGUGGUAACCCUUUGUGUUCAUUUAUCAGUUCAGUUCAUCUUCUCUUUGCGUAACUAACAACGCUUACUCUCUUCAGAUUCCCAAUUGGGUGUCUUAUUCGUUUUCUAAUCUUGCAGGUAGUUAGUUGAUUUCCCUCCACUCUAAUUCUGAAUUUGUUUUGAGGAUAUCAGUUGGGUUUUAUCCUGUCUCGAGGGACGAUGGAUUUGACGUGGUUGAGUGCCCUAAUUGUUGGAGCGGCAUUGGGAUACUGCAUUGGCACUCGCCGUCCUGCCCGUAUCUUUACGUCAUCCAAGAAUGUGGCGAAGAACGUAGCUGCUGCAGGCGGGAACAAGAAAAAUAAAUCCAAGGAACCCCUCGAGAUAGAGAAGCUGGCUGAUAUUCUUGACGAUUUCAAAAUGGUUUUGGUUGUGAGGAAUGAUCUUAAAAUGGGUAAGGGGAAGAUUGCAGCUCAGUGCAGCCACGCAACUUUAGGUUUAUACAAAAAGCUCCUUCAUCGGGCGCCAAGGGCAUUAAACAGAUGGGAGGAAUGUGCUCAGCCAAAAGUGGUGGUGAAAAUCGAGACUCAGGAGGAGAUGCUAGUUUUGCAGGAAAGAGCAAAGUCCCUUAAACUACCGACCCAUAUCACAAUUGAUGCCGGAAGAACACAAAUCGCCCCGAAUUCAAGGACAGUUAUGGCGAUUCUUGGACCUGUUGAAGUUGUUGAUGAUGUAACUGGUGGAUUAAAGCUUCUGUAGGGACUUUUGGACUCGGGUUUUUAAAGAAAAAUUCAACUUGAUGGUCCAAAUGCGACAGCAGAAGAGAAAGAUAUUAACUUUCGGAUUUCUCCUCCUGGACCCGAGAAUCUGAUUCAUUUUUCGAACUUUCUGGUAAUUUACCAUGCUUUCCAUUUCUGCUGCUGCUGCUGAUGAUGAUGAUGAAAACAAAUCUGAUUUACCGGUUUUGAAGCUUCUAUUCACUUUUCUUCUUCUUUAGGACUGAAUCUUUGAGUUGGUUUUGGCUGAUCUAGGCAAUUCAACAAACAGCUUGUGGGUAUAAUGUGACUUCUAUAUUAUUCACCAAAAACAAAAACAAAGAAUGGUGUAUAGAAUAUGCUUGUAUAUUUUGUCCUAAUAAAACAUGCAAAAAGAUUGUGAUUUGGGAUC